AUGACGGUAUACUCGAGAGUCGAAGAUACAGCAGUAUAUGGCUUUGUCUCAUCCAUAAAGGUUUCGCAUAUUGAAGUGGUUGCUUUGCAGAAAUUCUGGCUGCGUAACACAGAAUAUGACAUCUUAACGCUCUCGCUCUUUCGUGUUGUGAAAAUGGAAGUCAAUACACCACCCCCAUCAUCCCAAAAUCCAUCCUCAGAACUCUCCUACCAACCCGCCGGCGCACAACCACUAGCAUCACCAACUCCCAUCCCCAACGACAACCACGAUGUCUACCACAUAAUAUCCUCCUACCCCUUCCACACAGACCAUGACUACCUGCUAGGUCUCGCAGCCAUCCUAGGGCACCCCGCAACACCGCCUACCGAAGCAGAACUCCGCGACAACGAAGGCCUCGUCCUCCAAACGCAAUGCUUCUAUUUCGCUCGUAAACACGGUCUAGCAGAAGGAAUAGAUGUCAACGCCUACAAACAAUGGCUAGCUCUGCGCGCAAACCUCCAACCAUUUGAGCAUCUGAACGGAAUAGUAGGAGGAGCAGCAGAAACAGGAGAAGAAAGACAACAAAUGACCUCGCCCGUCCCUCGUCCUCACGCACCAACCCCAGCCACAGCAGCAGCAGCAACAACGCUGAACGAGCAGCCUCAUCAGCAACUCCCGUCUCCGCCUCCGCAAAGUACACAAAAUACAUCAACAGCAGCAGAACCAACUCCACCCUACCCAACAUCCUUCGCCGACAUAGUCGACCUCAUAACACAGAACAAACCCAUCCCAGGCAUCGAAACCAUUCCAGACACGGUCCUCGAACCAGGAAGCUCGAAAGUCGACAGGACAACGAGAAGGAGAAAACCUUGGGAACGAGACGACGAGGGAAAUGGCACCAGUUUAGACGUAGAUGUGGACGUGGACGCGCACAGACGUACUGGCGAGGGUGUGUUGAAGAUAUUGCAGCCUGGAGCGGUGCCGGAUUCGGGUCUGUUGGCGCAGGAGUGA